AUGGGUGGCCAAGUUACUCGUCAUGACUUCGAAUGGUCGUACACAGCCGAACCACAUGCUACGAGAAGAAAAGAAAUUCUUGGUAGGCUGACAUUUUACUGUUUUAGCCCCCCUUAACCCAAUGAUUUUAUUAACAAGAACAUAAAGAAAUGCAUAAAGAACAUGGCCCUGUCAUACAGGAGUUUGGCAUCACUACUUGACUUUUACAAAACAAACUAAAUUUUUUUGUUGAGUCCUUUUUGAUAGUUCAUUUGAGAUAUUCAGAGCCCUUAACUGAAAGCAUGAAUUUCUUUUUCUAUUGAGUUUACUAUAAACAAGGCUCAGUUCAGACGCCGAACUUUUCAUGACCUAAAUUAUUCAGACAGGCUGAAUUGAUUCAGACGCCGAUCUUAAUUGCAGCUGAACUAAGUCCAAAAGGCGAAAAUGCUCAUUUUGGUCCACUUGCUUAUUUUUGACCAAACUUAGACCCCAAGGGCCGAAAAAAAUUUUGUUGACACCCCCCCCUCCCCUCUUACUCAGGGUCUGGCCAUGGAUGACCGCCCCCCCGCUUAUCUGAAGGUCUCGAUCCACCACUGCAAAAUAAGUUCUAAUAAUUUAUGCAUUAGGUUCGGUACAUGAAAAAUUCGGCUUCUGAAUCAAAGCCGUUUCAAAGUCGCUCCAAAGACGAAAUUCAGUCCCAGCCUGGCUAGGCGAAAAGAACCGGGCUCAGCCGUUCCAAAUCGAAACAGGUGUUCCUAAUUGAUUCAGACGCCGUACUUUUCAUGUACUUAAUUCAAUGUAUUAGGUUCGGCUCAUGAAAAGUUCGGCGUCUGAACCGGGCCUUAAUUAGUCAGGCUUUAUAGGUGGUUGUAGCGGAAAUUUGCUAACUAGCUUAUUUCUUUUUCAAAAUAUGUCUCCGUUCCCCGGGGGGGUUACUUGGGUUAAUUUUUGCUGGGUAUGUGCCCCUGGCCUCUCAGAGCCCCUACCCCAUUAUAGUCUAUUCUAUGGCCAAUUAUAGACACCAUAUUAGUCACUCUUGGGAAAAUAUGUAAUUUUUGCGAUCCCAACUUAGUCACUUUCUUUUUAUGUAUCUACCUUAUAUCAAAUGAAGAACACUCUACUUUUCACCAACAGUACGUUUCAGAAAAUGUGCCUCCCCAUUCUAGUAACUCUAUUGAAAAUGUGACCCCAUUAUAGUCACUCCAGUCAUGAAAAAGCGACCCCAUCCUGCGGCACAUCCCCAUUAGCCUCUUAUAAGGAAGUACGCCCCCCCGGGCUCCGUUCUAAGUAUUCCUCAUCUUGUCGCAUAAAAGGUUGUCGUAUGCUAAUACGACAGAUGAGGUGAAUUGUUAUUUAUUUUUUCCGACUUCAUGACGUUUCAACAUUAAUAAUUUCUAACUAGCUAUAAACUAUGUUAUUGGGGGCCAUCACUUUAUAUCGCUAGUCUCAGAAAAACAAAAACAUGCAGUUUCACAUGAUAGCCCUAUUUAUCGGCUAUACCAGUUUUCCUUUAGUAACAAAUAUCAUUAACAAUCCCGCCCUAUGCAUACAUCGACAUACACCUGGUAUUACACGAUUAACAGCUCAUUAGGCUUAAGCGCGUUUUUACUCGCAUACCCUAAUUGGCAUAAUUUCCAAAGUUCCGUGGAUCAGAAGAAAAGGAAGAAAUGUUUAGUCAAAAUUUUGGCAGCAUUGGCUUUUAAUUGUAGCGCCCAGAUGGUAGUAACAUGAAACUCUCCGGUGCAAACUGGGGAAACGCGAUCGAUUUUUCGUGAAAGUUUUGUAGUGCGAAUAGAACACAGGUGUAUUUAGUUCCACCACGAAAUAAUCAGUUAGGAUUUAGGUUUUUGUGAAUAAGAGUAGCUCGUUGUAAACAGUGCGCAGUUGACCAAUAUCCUGUAAACUGGGCAAUAUGAACUUGUUUGAAUACCUAACAUCUUGUAUCCUUCAGUAUUUCUGAGUGACAUAACGGUCUUGUCUCUCUCCAUUUAUGGGCCAAGAGGGUCGCGAGAGAACGCACUCGCGUCUCCUAUCGCGUGCUGCUCUCGCGUGACUUCUCGCGACUCUCCCAAAUGGAGAGCUUGAUAACCGCGUCGAACCGCGUCACUUCCAUCAACCUCGUUCCCAGGGCUUUUCCCUUAGAAAAUGGCAAGGGCGGGAACAAGGUUGCCUUGCCUCAUGGUUGUUACCUAGAAGACUGGGUAGGGGCGCUCUCCCAUGUUUUCUGGGGAAAAGCCAUAGGGAGACAAUCUUGAAUUACUAAGACUUAUUCUAUUCUUUUUCUAAGCCAAGUAUCCUGAGAUCAAGAAACUGAUGGGCAGUGAUCCUAUCUUCAAGUACCAAAUCUUGUUGUUGAUGUCGCUUCAACUCUCACUGGCCUACAUAAUGCGUGACCUGUCUUGGACCAAUCUCUUCAUAGCAUCCUACUGCCUGGGUGCCGUGGCAACCCAUGGUCUCAUCGUGGGAGUUCACGACAUUUCUCACAACAUCGCAUUCGGAAACGGCCGUCCCUUACUGAACAGGCUGUUUGGUAUCCUAGCUAAUCUACCGACCGCGUUUCCAUCUUCCAUUGCCUUCAAGAAAUAUCACAUCUUACACCAUCGUUAUAUGGGUGUCGAAGAAAUUGAUCCGGACCUGCCGACCAAAUUUGAGGCUUGGAUUUUCUGUAUUUCCAUCGCUAAGGUUAUGUUAGCCUGCGUGCAGCCGAUAACUAAACUCUGAUUAGUACCGUCUGCGAAGCAGCGCGGAGAUCAUUGUUCUGGACCCCCAACGGACUCAACGAAUUACCGGAAGUGCGUUUCGAAUUCCCCUUCAACCUGAUUGGCGAUCACGGCAAACAAAACAAAGGCCUUUUUUAACUGGCCAAUCGUGGCGCGUACUCAAAUCUGGGUACACAGCUGGAAGUCCAGAACAAGGAUUUCGGCGCUGUUUCGCAGACGGAGUUAACCAGAGUUUAAUUUCGUCUGCGCGCAGGCUAAGGUUAUGUGGGUGAUUCUGCAACCGUUCUUUUAUGCCAUCAGACCAAUGGUUGUUAACCCGUGGACACCAAGCGGCUUAGAAAUCCUUAACAUUGUCGUUCAGCUCGUUUUCGACUACUUGGUCGUACAGUUCUGGGGUUUAAAGUCACUUGUGUUCAUGGCCGCUAGUACAGUUCUCGGCAUGGGUCUUCACCCUUUGGCGGGCCACUUCAUCGCUGAGCAUUAUAUGUUCGACGUAGGCUGCGAAACGUAUUCUUACUACGGUCCAGGAAAUUGGCUGACUUUCAACGUUGGGUAUCACAACGAGCAUCACGAUUUUCCCAGCAUUCCAGGCUCCAAGCUUCCGUUGGUCAAGAAGAUUGCAGCAGAGUACUACGACAACUUGCCGUAUCAUACCUCCUGGACAAAGGUGAUCUGGGAUUUUAUUACUGAUCCAAGAAUUGGUCCAUGUGCUCGGGUUAAGAGAGCGCAGACUAAAAAAAUCAAAUGA